GCGACCAAGCACGAGCAUGGCACGCGGCGUCGCGUGGUCCAAGGAGGACGACCUCGAGCUCUGCCACGCGUGGCUGGCCAUCUGCAGCGAAGACACGAGCACGCGCCGGCGGCCGCCCGAGCUCUUCGCGCGCAUGCACGAGUACAUCGUCGAGCGCAGCGAUCGCCCGACGACGCGGUCGGCCGUCGCACUCUUGUCGCGCUGGAAGAAGAUGAGCGCGGUCCUCACGCUGCUUGACGCGGCCGUCGCACGCGCGAUCGCGGUCAAGCCGCCGAACGUCGUCGACGACUACGUCAUCUUGGAUGAGCUCGCGGCCAUUCCCGUCGAGAAGCUCGGCGCGAUCGACCGCCGCGGUGUCUUGGCGUGCUGGCGCCUCCUGCGCAAUACACCCGCAUGGCGCCGCUUCCUUCGCUUGCCGCGCGAGCCAACGACAGACGACGCAAACGACCAGACGGACGAGAUGCCAGCGAAGCGCGCCAAGCGGGCGCACGACACCACGCCGCCACGCACCUCUUUUCUGACACUCGCGCCCGCCGAGGCCAACGCACGCGCCUCGCCAACGUCCGAGCCGACGAUUGAGUCCCCUACCGCCUCCUCAGAGGUACCUGCCACGUCUUCGGAAGUUCCUACCACGGCCUCGAACGAGCCUGCCAGCAUCGUAGAAGAGCCUACAACGUCGUCGGAAGAGCCCGCCGCAGCCUCGGAAGACUCUGCAGCCACCUCGACGCCUGCUACCUCGUCGAUGCCCCCAGCCACCUCAAUGCGGGCGGCUACCACGUCGGCGCCUCCUGCUGCCACGAUCUCUGAGCCGCUAGUCGCCACCGCCGAGCCGCCCGCCGCCAUCUCGGAGGCGCCCGCCAGGAGUCGUCCGGUAGCGCCCAGAUUCCGCGAGGUCGGGCACCGCAUUCCUCGCGCCGCCUUCUCGCACCCGCACCCACCCGUCGCGCAAUCACAGGCCGCGUACCGACACCCGGAAGCAGCGAACCGAGGCCCGGAAGCCGCCCCAUGCUAUAUGCCCAGCUCGCGAUUCGAGCUGGGGACGCGACACGCUGCUGUGGGAGCGCUACCGAUCGGGCCACGUCCACCGCCCCCCGACUUCCGAUCCCAAGAGGGUCCUCCAUCGCCGUGGCCGCACCCCGAGUGGUCGACACGCGGUUCGUUGUUGGGGUCGCCGUCGAAUGAUAUGCACGUGCGCGUGCUGAGCGACCGCAACCAGCUGGACGAAUGGAAGUUUAUGGCCCACGUCUUCGAGCACGACCCGGACGCGGCCGACGCCAUCGAGUUUCGCCGCCUCUUGCGCUCGUCGAUGCUGCAGCGUGCGCGCCAACUGCACGCAAAUGGCAACUCGUUCUUGGAGACGCCCAGCCAGCGGCACACGACGACAAACAAUGGCAACGUACAUGUAUAAUAAGUUGAAAGCAGUACCAUAUAAUAUGGUGUUUAGUUGAGUGUUUCUAGGCA